AUGCCGAACAACGAACAUAACGUCCAUGGAGAUCAACCGAGUUCACAAGAGUCACGUGUUUCGUGCAACGAAAAGCUGGAUACAGGGAGUACUCAUAACCUACAAAAACUACGAAAUGAAGAAUCGAACAAAAACGUUGAACACAAUUAUGCCGCCAAAAGUAAUGACCGAACACCCGAGGAUGAAACAGUGUUACCAACCCAGUCCGUAACUACAAGUACUAGUGGUUUAGAUCCGAUGAUAAAGGCACUACUGGAACAAAAUCAAGCAUUGAUAAACGGUUUGUUUAUAAACGAGAGAUAUCGAGAUCGAUCGUCAACAUCGUCGGAAAGUUCGGAAUAUCUUGUUAUGCCAAAUUUUCUCAACACGUUGCCGGAAUUCGAUGGUCGAAGUAAUAGUCAAACCGCGGAAGAUUGGUUGGCAGCAAUCGAAGGUGUCGCUAAACUACAUCGAUGGCCCGACGCGUUCAAAAUUGAAAGUGCGCGCUCGCGAAUGAUCGGACCAGCGAACAAUUGGUUUACCGGUAGGAAAUUUACAAAUUGGGACGAAUUCGUAUUUCAGUUUAAACGUACAUUUGUCGGUUCGAAACUGAAUAUAGUCGAACGUAUGAAAAACAUGCUGAAACGAGUACAAAGUGAAUCGGAAACGGUAGCCGAUUAUUUUCAUCAUAAAGCUAGAUUAUGUCGUGAAUUAGAAUUGCCGUUUGAUGAGACGAAGCAGCAAAUUGUCGCCGGAUUAAGGUCGCGAGACUUAUGUUACUAUUUGUUAGCUCGACAUCACAUUGAUGAAGAUAACUUGUGUUACGAUUUAACGUCGUUUACUCAGAUUAGUGACGCCCGUUCACAGUAUUUUAAAAAAGAUAAGCCACAACGUCCAAAUACCAAUGAAGUAAGUCACGUUACGUCCAGUACAACCAAGUCUCAAAUGCCUACUGCAUCCAAGGACACUAACCGUAAGACAUUUACCAAAUUACCGCCGCGCAAUGACAAAGACGAGCCACUCUGUUUCAACUGCUCUACAUAUGGACAUGUAUCAAGGUACUGCACAAAACCAAAAAAAGCGAAGUGCGAAAAAUGUGGGAAAUAUGGUCAUGAAAAAAACGCUUGUUUUACGAAUACCCAAGUUGUGUCGUUAGUAAGUUCAACACCAAACACAAUCAAUGAAAAGUAUUUUUUUGAUGUUUUAGUUAAUGAAAAACCAGUACGAGCGUACGUAGAUACUGGAAGUCAACUAUGUCUAAUGCGAAAGAGUGACGCUAUAACAAUGGGAUUAUCGAUCGAGUCAAUACCAAAUACAGUUGAAAUCCGAGGCUACGGUGAUGGUAGAUUGGUGCCUAUAGGCGUUGUCACAGUCAAAUUACGAGUGGACUGCGCUACUUCUCAAGUACCAAUUUAUAUCGUUUCAGAUGACGCACAGACCAUAGCACUUAUAGUUGGACAACCAUUCACCGAACAAUCGCAUGUUGUACUAGUCAAACGUGGAGACAUUUUACGUAUAUACGAAGACACUAAAGAAGGCAACGACGUAUUUGAUAUGGAUAUCCCAGAAUUGCCACCAAGAGUAAUUAGUUUGUGGGCAAAACAAACAGAAGUAAUUUCACCGAAGCAUGUUGGAGUGAUUGAGGUACAGUCGGAUAACAAAUCAUUAGAUUUAUUUGUUAACGCACAAAUAAGAGAUGACCGCUGUAUUCCAAGUUGUGUAAUAACUACUGAUGACCAGGGUAAGGCACGAUUGCCUAUUAUCAAUCUUUCAACGUCAGACGUCCAUGUAAAAGAAAAUGAGAGAAUAAGCAGAGCUAUAUUAUGUACGGAGAUUGCAGAAACCCAGUGCGAAAAAUCAGACUUUGAUGUAGAGUCCAUUAAACAUGGUGACCAACUAACAACUGAAGAACAACUGGCAUUACAGACACUCAUAAUCAAAUAUCGAAACUGUUUUGCCACCCAAAUGAGUGAAUUGGGCAAAGUCAAAAGUACUGAAUGUAAUAUAAUAACUGUUACCAACAAACCAGUUACUUUCCGUCCUUAUCGGUUGAGCGAAUCAGAACGAAGAACAGUGAGAGAAAUGGUUGAAGACUUGAAGGGAUGCGGUAUAAUAACAGAUUCCAAUUCCCCAUAUGCAUCUCCGAUCCUAUUGGUCAAAAAGAAAGACGGCGGAAGUAGAUUCUGUGUGGAUUAUCGGGCACUGAACAAAAUAACGGUGAAGGACCGCUAUCCAUUACCUUUGAUAGAAGAACAAAUUGACCGCUUAGCAGGUAUGAAAUUAUAUACUAAUCUAGACAUGUUUUCCGGUUAUUACCAGAUACCAAUGAGCAAAGACGCCAGGGAGAAGACUUCAUUCAUAACACCGGAUGGUCAAUAUGAAUUCACACGAAUGCCAUUUGGUAUAGCAAACGGACCAUCUGUGUACCAACGCAUGAUCAAUCAAGUUUUGGGACCUCUGCGAUUUACAAUUGCUAUGGUGUUCAUGGACGAUGUUCUGAUUCCUAGUCGCACAGUAGAAGACGGGUUGUACAAUUUAGAAACCAUUUCAGAAGGCUCAAUAGCACCAAGUAAACGCAAGAUCGAAGCAGUGAUGAACUUUCCCAGACCACGGGAUGUACACAAUGUGCGACAAUACUUAGGCCUGACUGGUUACUUUCGGCGAUAUGUUCAAGGAUAUGCACAAAUUACUAAACCCCUUACGUCAUUACUGCAUAAGGAUACUCCUUGGGAAUGGACUGAGGACCAAGAUGCUGCGUUUGAAAAAUUAAAAUCAAUUCUUACAAAUAAACCUAUAUUAAAACUGUAUGACCCGCUAUCUGAGACGGAAGUACACUGUGAUGCUUCUCAAUUGGGCUUGGGAGCAAUACUUUUGCAAAAGGAUGAACGAGCGUCGAUGCAUCCAGUUGCAUAUGCGAGCCGCCAAACAACGGCAGAAGAAUCGCGUUAUCACUCUACUGAACUAGAGACUCUGGCUGUAGUUUGGUCUUUACAAAAGUUCCGCACUUACUUAAUAGGGAAAAAGUUUAAAGUGAUUACAGAUUGUGCAGCUGUCAGAUGGACGUUCUGCAAGAAAAACAUUGUACCAAGAAUUGGAAGAUGGUGGUUGCAGAUCAUGGACUAUGACUUUGAAGUAGAACACCGAGCAGGGGAUAAGAUGGACCAUGUGGAUGCCCUUUCAAGGAACCCAAACGCUGAAGAAAAAUCAAUUUUAGAAGAAACAGAAAUAUUUCAUGUAUUGUUAAAUACUAUGGACAAUGAUGACUGGUUAACACUUGCUCAAAGACAUGACAACAAAUUGAAUGAAAUCAUAAGAAUUGUAGGGAUUGGAGGAGAGCAGGUAUUGAACAAAGCUGAAAGAAAAAUUCAAGAAGAAUAUAGUGUUGUUGACGGGAGACUAUACCGUAGGAACAAUGAUAAACUUUUAUGGGUAGUACCAAAACGAGCAAGAAGUCAAAUAACGAGGCUGUGUCAUAAUAAUGUAGGACAUCCAGCUGUAGAGAACACAUUGGAAAGAUUGCGACGCCACUAUUGGUUUCCCUAUAUGAAACGAUAUGUAAAAGGGUUUGUUGGAUCAUGCUUAGACUGUUUAUACAAUAAAGUACCAGGUGGACAACGUCAAGGUAAACUUCAUGCAAUUGAUAAGAUAGGUGUGCCAUUCCAUACAGUACAUGUGGAUCACUUGGGACCUUUUAUAAAAGGUAAACUUAACAAUGUAUAUCUGUUUGUAUUAGUCGAUGGGUUUACAAAGUUUUCAAUUUUAAGACCAACUAAAAAUGUUAAGAGCAGCACUACCACCAAGUUGAUGGAGGACAUCAUAGCUAUAUUUGGGCCCAUGGUAAGGAUAGUCAGUGAUCGCGGUACAGCUUUCACCGGAAAAGAAUUUGAACAAAUGUGCAAAGCCAGGAACAUUAUUCAUGUGAGGAACGCAACUGCUACACCUAGAGCCAAUGGACAGUGUGAGAGACUUAAUAGGACAAUUUUAUCAAUGUUGACUACCACCUGCAAGGAAGAAGAUGAUUGGGACAAAGUUAUAGGAAGAAUUCAAUGGAGCAUUAAUAAUGCAUUUAAUAAAGCAACAAAAUCGACUCCGUUCACACUAAUGUUUGGAUUUAUUCCAAGGACCUAUGAUGGUGAUGCAGUUCAAGAUGAAGUACUGUCAACUCAAAACAACGCAUGUGACAUUUUACAAUUAAGAGCUCGAGCGCUAGAGUCAAUAGUUGCAGAGCAAAAGAAAAUGCAGGACUACCACAAUCAAGGGCGAAUUAAGGUUCCUACAUUUACCACAGGUGACUUAGUGAUGAUACAGCGUCAGACAACAGGACAACCAGGAGAGUCAAAGAAAAUGUUGGUGAAAUACAAGGGUCCCUAUGUAAUCACAGAAGUCCUACCUAAUGACCGUUUCAGGGUACAAGAUUUACCAGAGAUUCAAAGAACCCAAAGAUUCUACGAAGGAGUGGUAGCCUUAGAUCAGAUGAAGAUGUACAUGAACUCUGGAUCUGACUCAUGCGAAGAAGAGGAAGAUAGUAACCAGGAAGAUGAAGAAAUGGAGAAGGAAGAGGACAAGACUGAUCAACGACCCAUUCGAGUCAGGCGAAAGCCAAACAAAUUUGAAGACUUUGUAUAA